CCCCUUGUCCCGGUGUUUCCCGCAGUGAGUGACACCUCUUCGUACCCCAGCCCAAAGGUGGAGGAGUGGAGCAGCCUGGGCCGGAGCAGCUUCCCCCCUGCAGCCCAGCACGCCGUGAACGGGCUGGAGAAGAGCUCCCUGGAACAGGAUGCCAAGUACAGCCAGGUGAUCUGGAUGGCACCCCAUUCGAACCCCAUUUGUGAGACCUGCCUCUUACUGGCCACCUGCUUCCACGGCCAAAACCCAGUGCCCUGCCCACCAACCCACAUGGCUACAGGGCACUCCACCCGGAUGAAACUAAUAAAGAAAGUCAGAGAGGCACACAACGGCCUCCCAGCAGUUGGAAGCUUCGUAUCAGCACCAGCCAUGUCUCCCUACGCCACGUCGGCUCAGGUGUCGCCCUACAUGCCAUACAGCGCAGCUCCCUCCAGCUACAUGGCAGGCCAUGGUUGGCAGCACGCUGCGGGCACGCCGCUCUCCCCUCAUGGCUGUGACCUCCCUGCCUCGCUGGCCUUCAAGGGCAUGCAGACGGCCAGGGAAGGCAGCCACUCAGUCACGGCCUCCGCUCUCUGA